AUGUGGGGACUGACUAAUCUGACAACUGGAACUGACUUUGUUCUACUGGGGUUGUUUUACCACAUUCAAGCACCCAGUAUCCUCUUCUCUUUCAUCUUUUUGGUGUUUCUUGUAACCCUUGCUGGCAAUGUUAUGAUUAUCAUUCUCAUUUGGAUAGAUGCUCAACUCCAUACACCUAUGUACUUCCUUCUCAGCCAACUUUCAACCAUGGACCUCUUGAUUAGCUCCACUUUUGUCCCAAGGACAGCCACUGACUACCUGUUUGGGAAGAAAACCAUUUCCUUUAUUAACUGUGGGAUUCAGCUCUUCCUCUUUGCCACCCUCUUCGGAGCAGAGUGCCUUCUCCUGGCAGUCAUGGCUUAUGACCGCUAUGUGGCUAUAUGCCACCCUCUCCAUUACUCAGUUCUCAUGCACCCUACCAUCUGUGCCUUCUUGGUGGCUGGCAGUUGGCUGAGUUCUCUGAUAAAUACCUUGGUCCAUGUCAUAUAUACCUUGAAACUCCCUUACUGUGGCUCCCGUGAAAUCCAUCAUUUCUUCUGUGAGAUCCCAGCUCUCCUGAAACUUGUUUGUGCUGAUACAUCUCAUUAUGAAUAUGGACUUUAUGUCAGUGGUGUUGUGUUCCUCCUCCUUCCAAUAUCUGCCAUUGUGGCCUCUUAUGGGCAGAUACUCUCUACUGUUUUGAGGUUACAUUCAAAUGUAGGGGUGAGAAAAGCUUUGGCAACUUGUUCCUCCCAUAUGAUUGUGGUGUCUCUCUUCUAUGGAACAGCCAUCAUCAUGUACAUUGUCCCCACAGUGUAUCAUACAGCAGAGCAAGAUGAAGUAGUGUCUGUCUUCUACACUGUUCUCACUCCCAUGCUCAACCCCCUCAUCUACAGUCUUCGAAAUAAAGAGGUGACUAGAGUCCUCAGGAAAGUUCUUGGUAAUCCUGCUUAA